CAUGUAAAGAAACUUGCAGGAAUUACGUCAAUUUCCAUGACCCUUAUCCGGACUAUGUGCAAAUCGGAUGAUAGGUGUAAACUGGUGCCACAGAAGUUUGCUAAGGAGAGGGUGAAUGUAAAUAUUUACAAACACUUACUUAGAGUUCAGCGGAGAUUAAGACAAUAGAGUUUGAAAACUGUUGCCCGGUUUGUGGUACUUCCAAGGGAACAAUCACGGUGUAAUCAUGUUUACUUGAGAGGUGCCAGUAUGGAGACGGAACAGUCAGAGCUGGUGAUUCCACGACAACUUCUCUGCUGUAAGCUCUGUGAUGAAGAAUUCACGGAACCCUGUUAUCUUCCGUGUCUGCACACAUUCUGUCAGAACUGUAUAGACAAGCACCGACUUAACAGCACAGACAAUGACGGAUACUUCCCAUGCCCGACGUGCAUGACAGAGGUCAGCCCAGAGGAGGAGGAUGGGGCCACGGCUCUUCCGAUAAACAUUCUGGCUCGACGACUCUCUGUCCCCGUCAUCGAUCCUAUCAAAAGAGAGACUCUAUGUUUUUAUUGCAAGAAUGCAGGAAACUUUGUGGAAGGUAAAACUCACUGUACAGACUGCGAUGAAUUUCUUUGCAAGUUGUGUGCUGAUUCACAUACCAGCCAAGAGGAGUUUUCUGACCACCAGCUACAAAGUGAAGAAGAUUACAAUGCAGACUUGGAGAAGUCUUCCUCCACAACUGUUCAAGGACAAGUUAUUCCCGUGUGUUGUGAUGCCUACGAUCCUCUAGAUAUCGGUGCCAUGUUCUGUGUAGGCUGUGACAUUGCAGUGUGUGCUGAUUGUCAUGUGAACAAACAUGGUGAACACAGAUGUGCUGAACUUACUGCCAUAGCUCAACACUUUGAAAGGAAAAUUAAAGAACCUCUCAAAGAACUUGACAAUGACUCUGAGGAAAUAAAUGCAUUUCUAGCUGACUUAGAUGUUAAAGAGCAGACAAUACUUGAACAGAAAGAUGCUCUGAAACAACAUGUUCAAGACAGAACAAAACAGCUUUGCAGUCUCAUUAAAGAUUACGAAAAACUUCUUCUGGAUGAUAUUGAGAGGAGAUUUGAUGACCAGAUCGAGGAUAUCAAGGCAAGAAGACUAGACCUUGAAAUGCAUUUAGAAGCCAUCAAAGGGGUGAAAGAUUUCACUGAAAACCUGCUCACUUACGGCUCCUACGAGGAGAAAGUGUGCCUCAGAAAAAAGGUUGGGUACAGAAUUCGGGAACUGUGUGAGGAGUCUCUUGGCACAGAUCCAAUUGAGGUCCAUUCUGUGAAACUCAUGGAACCCAAUGUAACUGGUGAUACAAUCUGUGAUAUGUUUGGCACAAUUGAGACAGAAAAUCAGUCUGCUAACAAAGAAAGUGAGCACAUCCAAGAAAGCCUUCCUUCCAGUGAGCACUUCCAGAGGUAUCACAGCUUUGGGGAUUCUGGACACGGAAGCGAUUCUAUGGAUCAGGUAGAAAAUGAGCCAGAACUUGUAGAGAUCUUUGAGAAAGGUGAACUCCAAAGACAAGACAGCAAACAGGAGAGUUCAGACACUGACAUGCUGAGCUCCAGCAACUCUAGUGACAAAAUGAAGAAUGUCAAGUUCAGAGAACAAGUCGACCGAAAUGAAUUUGACAUUGAAAACAUUUUCCACUUGGAGAAUCCAAAACGAGAAGUUAACCUUCCUGCUCCUAUUCAGAAAGAAUGCAUUAAAGGCAUUGGAAUAAAUGAAAAGGGGGACAUCAUUGUAGGCACAAGCACCACAGUCCAUGUACUAGAAAAAAGAGGGAUCGUUAGAGGGCAAAUCCCACUGGAAAAUGGUUGGAACAUUCAUUCAGUGUCUAGUGAUGGCAAAGUGUCUAUGACAGUGCCUAGAGGUGAUAACAGAUUCAAAGUGAGGGUCUUGAAAAACGACGGCACAGGGCAUAUCUUGUCAGAUUUCCAUGUGGAAAGUUUUGGGCUAAAUUUUGUUACUGCUGACCAGUCUGGAACACUCAUCAUAACCUCAAACCGCUAUGCUCAGAUUCACAAAAGUCACGGCAAAGCAGCAAAGUCAGGUGGAAACAUCGCCUUCUACGGAUCUGAUGGACAUCUGAUUCGCCGAAUUACAAAUGACAAUUUCCCGGCUAACUUCUUGGAGAAACCCCAAAUGGUGGUAAUGGACCAGAAACGCAACAGAACAUAUGUAGCAGACCCCGGCAGCCACAGGGUCGUAGCUCUUAACGCCAAUGGGGAGCUGGUCUUUGAGUAUGGAAACAAAGAAGGUGAGGAGGAAAUAUACCAAGGUCCAGAUCUCAUCUCUAUUGACAAAUACGGAAACCUAAUUGUUACUGACAAAAGAGAGGGCCGCAUUGAUAUUUUGAGUACCAAAGGAAACCUGAAAAAGUCGUUUUUCACUGAUGACAUUCCUCGCUUUGUUGGUGCCACACCUGACAAACUUUUGGUUACAGCCAUGCCAGAUGGAACCAUGAAGUUCUAUGAAUACCUUACCUAACUUUAUCUUAUGGAAAAGGCAAACACUUUUUGUUUUGUUAAGAUUCAAGUGUGCAGCUAGAUACUGAAUUUUUGUUAUGCUUUUUCAUUGCUAGAUAAAACCCUCCUCUUGCGGACAAGGCAUUAUAAUCAGUGAAUUCUUAUCAAUCUAUGGAUGCCAUGGACAGUGAUACUAUUUACUUGUUUGAUAGGAUCACUUUCAGUCCUGGAGAAGUUAUUUCUGAACCUUUAAUAUAUCAUGAAUAUCUUAUUGAGUUGUGUGUUAAAAUGGGUUUUAACAUGCUUACAAUGUUUACUUUAGGCAUUACACUUAUAAAUAUGCUAUUCAUAUACAAAACCUCAGCUAAACACUUCAAAUUAGAAGUACAUGUAUUCCACAUAUAUUCAAAACAAGAACAGAAAGCUUCAAAUAGUACCCCAUUGUCUUUCUAGUUCUAAUUAGAAUACAGCACUACUCAAUUUUUACCUUCACCUAACUCAUUCCAUGCUUUAAGCAUGCAAUUCUCAUGAUAAAAUAUUGCUGUUUGUUUUAUCCUAUUUCUGUUUAUAAAUUAUUGAUGAUCAAUUGAUCCCCUGUAUUCUAUGUUAUUUUGCUCCCCAUUAUGACAUACAACUCCUCUCUGGUAUCAAAUUCAUUUUAAAUUUUUGAUUUUUUUUAAAGGCUUCAGCUCUUGGCAACUUUCCAAGGACAAAACUUCCAAUUUAAGACUCUUAUAGUUUACAAAAAAGAAAACACUGUUAAUGGAAAAUUAUCUUCUGUAAAAUAGAAACAAUUUAACAGACCCCAAAUGCAAAGAAUUUUGAAUUUUACCCCUUAAAGGCAUUUACCCAAUCUAUUCACAAAAACUAAAACUCAAUUUUUUAAAAAACACAAACCUUAAUGGUCAAAUUUCUUUGAUUUUUGCCAACUGCUUUUAGUCUGUGAGUCAGCAUGUGUAUUAUUUCAACCUACAUGUUUGUCAGUGUUGAUAGUCAGAACAGCACAGGCCUUACUGAUAUAUCAGUGUUGAUAGAACAGCACAGGUCUUACUGAUAUAUCAGUGCUGAUAGUCAGAACAGCACAGGUCUUACUGAUAUAUCAUGAUAUUAUUUGCAUUUAAAUGACAAAGCUAGAUACUAACAGUAGUGCUUCUGUGAAACUCAUGAAAGAUUGGUCCCCUUUUUA